UCUUCUUUCAGCUUAACGAAUGAAAGUGAAAGUAACCGUGGUGAAUAAUGACCAGGCAACCAGCAGGGAAAGGACGAUAGCCAAUAACAGAAAUAGAGUUUGAAUGGCUUCUUUUGAUGAUUAUGACAAAUAUAUUCGUCUUCUUGUGCUUGUUCACCAUGGAGGGCUUAAAAUUUGCAGAGAAAUUAUACUCAACCCAACGUAUUGUGGCUUACCCAAGAAUGAGAAUGAUUUGUACAAUGAAUUAAAAAAAAAAUUACCAAAAAACUUUUGCAAGUUUCAUGAUCAAAAAGCAAUUUUAUUCCCAAAAGACAAAAAGACAAAGAUCGCGCGUUUCGACAUAACCCUUAUUACGGAUGUCAUCCUUGAAUGUUUGAAAAACAAACAAACACCAGAUAUGGAAAAAUGGCUAAAGAAACUAAAAAAAGAAAGAAACGAUUUAUCACAUGCCGGAGAAAAUGCAGUUACCAUGUCUGAUUCUGAGUUUGAGACUAAGUGGAAGGAUUUGACAACCCUUUUGUCAAAUCUAGGGUUAAUUAUUUCAACUGUUGCUGAUCUUAAGACAAAAAGUUUGGAUGAUUCGACAGAAAUUAAGCUAGCUCAUAUGCAAUCCCAACUUGAUAUUUUUGGUAAACAAAGUGAUAAGAAUAAAAAGAAUUUACAACAGUUGCAGCUAUCGAUAUGGGCAAUCUCAGAUGCGAUGGAAAAACAACCUAAAAUUGUAGAAGAAGCGUUAGAAAUUAUGGAGAAAUCUAUUAAUGUAUUGAGAGAAGACAUGGAAGAGUCGAUAGAAGAGUCGAUGAAGGACCUGAUGUCACUGAUUAAACAAUCUAAUGAAGAAUUGUAUGAGCGUAUGCUUGGAUAUCAAACCAGGACUGACCAAAGGCUCGAUUCAUUGGAGGAAGAUGUCGCUGAGCACAAAAUUAAAUUGGAAGAAAUAGAAGAAACGAAAGCGGAAUACUUUGUGGAAUACGCCAAAAGUAGUCAAUCCCAGUGUAAUCACUGUUAUAGAAAAAUAUCGUCCUAUGAAAUCAGAUUGGGAAUUGAAGUUGAGCAGCACACAAGAAAUGGAAAGAGACCUACAAAAAGAUGGUACCAUCAGGACUGUUUCUUAAAAGGAUUUAAAAAAGUGUCAUUUAGCAACUUUUCUGGUACGGAGAAGAUUAAGAUAGAAGAUCUUGAACCAAUCUACGACUUAAUAAAUGGCGCCAAGAUGCCUGAACAUAUUCGCAUUGAGUGCAUAAAACGUUACGAUGAAAGCCCAACAAAGGGAGCAUGAGUUGGCUGAGGAAGGGGCGUACUUGAAAAAGGGUGUGGAUGUCAUCGUAAAUACGUUACUAAAGAAAAAGCUUGAAGAAAAGACUGUCAAACAACUAAGAGAUAUACUCAGACCACUGCCUGGAUUUUCGACAUUGAAAAAAGAGGCCCUUGUAGAAGCUGUAAUGAAAAAUGGGAUAAAACAUGGACCUGUUCGAAAUAUUGCUAAAGAAGAAGGAGACUACGUAAUUAAUGUGCGCGAUAGCUGACUGUGCAAAAUAGGUUAUACGAAUAAAUCUGGUCAGCAAAUUAUCACACUUUGACUUUAAUAAAGUUUGAGCAAAAUAAACAACAACAAAAUGGAGGAAGGAGAAGCAGAAAGCAUGGUUGAAACAGAGGUGAAGGGUGGUCCGGGAGAACAUCACGAUGAAGUUCUUGUAAUAGUACAGUGGAAUCACUCUAAAGCGGACACUAUUGGUGCAAAAAAUGUGUCCGUCUUAUAGAGGUGUCCGCGUUAUAGAGAUUGUAUCCAAAAAUCACUUUCAGAGCAAAAUUUGACGUUUUUUCUUUGUUUUAUACUUUUCAAAUCAAGGAAAUGUGACAUAUAAUUUGAUGAAUGUGAACUUGUAUUAUUCAUACGCUCUACUUUUAUACAAACAAAAGCAAUAAUCAACUAACAAAUUACAUUGUAUCUUUUAUUUUAUAUACAAAUUAUAAACAAAUACAUUGUAUUUUAUAAUCUACUGGAAGAAAUCUCAGAUUGAAGUUUGUUUUCUUUUUGAUAUUUGGAGAUCCUCCACUUUUUUCGUAACUAAUGACAGCAUGUCUUGACUUUUCUCGUCAACAAUACUUGAACGUUUUCGUCGAAAUUAGCAUACUCUGCAGCAGAUAUUUCAGAUGUGAACUCUCGUACAAGAGCUUCAAAUUCACGAUCAUCUUCUUCGACCACAGUCAAUUCUUCAUCGGAUAUUGGAGAUGAAAACUUUUCAUUUAUUCACAAAGAAGGCAACGUGCACGACGAAUUUGCAUUGGCGAUUACUUCUAAGGGACGUGCAGUUGGACAUGUCCCUAAAAAUCUCAGUAAAAUCCUCCGCCGACUUUCAAAAAUUGCCAAUUGCAAAAUAACAUGUGGAGUCACAUGGAAGCGUAUAAACAGAGGGGCUGGUUAUGGUCUGGAAAUUCCAGUUCUAUACGAGAUUUUAGAAAUUGUAAGUAAAAAAGUUAAAAAAUGUACGAAAUCAAGAUGAAAAAUUUAAGUGUUUUUUUUAUGUGUCCGCUUUACACGGAACUUUUUCAAGGAAAAAUGUCAUUUGGUGCGAAAAAAGUGUCCGUUAUACAGAGGUGUCCGCUUUAGACUAUGUCCGCUUUAGAGUGAUUCCACUGUACCUUAAUAGUACUAAUUUUCGCGGGUAUUUAUAUCCCUGAAAUUAUUCACCCGCAUAACCCUUUUCCAUCGUUAAAAUGUAUGCUGUAAAGUAUUCUAUUUUUAAAUGUAAAAAGAAAGUGUCAAUUAAAAAUCGUUUGGUCCAACCUUAAUAAUUUUACGAUAAUUUUACGUCAAUCACGGCAACUUAUACCCGA